CAGGUCUCUACCUGUGUCCUGGAAUGAAGACCAUCGUGGUCUUACCAGCUGAGAUUAUCAACAAAAACUGGAAGAUUCAGAUAGGCUGUCAAACUGAUGAGCUACAUGACAAGGAUGAGCUGAAGAGACCACCAUGUGUUCAUGAGCAGUUUACUGUUACAUCAGACAUGAUGCUUGUGUCCAACCUGUGGGGGGGACUCAUCUAUCUGGUGGCUCCACCCAACACACAAGUGAAGGGGUUGGAGAUCACAGUGCAGAAAGCUGUAACUGCUCCAUAUUACAAGUCUGGUGUAACAACUGCAGCUGAGUGGUUAACACUGCGCACAGCUCCUUCACCGUGGGCAGAGUUGGAGUUUGAAAACAUCGUCCUCACCGUACCAUCAGAUGCUAUUCGGGGUCUGGAGCGCCCCGACAAGGUGGCCGCUCUCUGGGAUGAAAUCAUGAGGGCCAUUGCAGAUCUGGCUGCCAAACCACACAAAUUUCCCCACAAGGAGCGCUUUGUGACAGAUGUGCAGAUUUCUGCCGGCUGGAUGCAUGCAGGUUAUCCUAUCAUGGCACACCAUGCUUCAGCUGCUGAAUUAGUUGGUGUUAAAAAAAGUAAAGAACUGUGGGGUCCCAUCCAUGAGUUGGGACACAACCAACAGAGAAGCUGCUGGGAGUUCCCAUCACACACCACAGAGUGUACAUGCAACCUGUGGUCAGUGUAUGUGCAUGAAGAAGUGCUGGGUCUCAACAGAGCACAGGCUCAUGACGAGUUGCCUUUAGCAAAGCGAAAGAGUCGAGUAGAGAAAUACAUCAAGGGAGGAAGGGAACUCAGUGACUGGAAGCUGUGGGUUGCCCUGGAAACAUAUCUGCAGCUCCAGGAAAAGUUUGGCUGGGAUGCCUUCAAGAAGGUGUUUGCUGCGUACCACCGUAUGAGUGACAUCCCUGAUGACAACAACACAAAGAUGAACCUGUAUGCUGAGACUUUCUCUCAGACUGUGAAGAUGAACCUGACUGGCUUCUUUAAGGCCUGGGGCUGGCCAAUAGAAGCAGCCACUGAAAUGAAACUGUCCAAGCUGCCUUACUGGAAUGAUCACCCCAUGAACUAGUACAGAUAAACCCAGUGCCACUGCAGACUACAAAAUAUUAAUGUUAGUAUUAAUGAGUGAAACUGUUCUUUUUUGGUCUUUUUUUAAACCACAUUAGUCAAGAAUAAACCAUAUAUGGAAUCUCGUUUUGACCUCAGAUGUUUCUGUACACUACGCCAGCCUCUUGGUUCCUUUGUUUUUUAGGCCUGUUACACAUAGAGCAAAAUUAACCUGUGUAAUUAUUUAGUACGCUCACUGGUGGUGGUUUGUGGUUAUGAUGGUGUUUUUGUGUGGUUUUUAGUGGAACUAGUAAUCAUGUUUUUGUAGUAAGUAUCACUUUAGUAUGUUACAUUAUAUGCAUGACACUUAAUAUGUAAACCAUUCACUGUCAAAGUUUCAUGUCUGUAUUACACCAACAGGAUAAGACAGAACUGGAUUAGUUGUUUUCCCAUUGACUGAGAACUGAUACAUAGACUAAAUGACAGUAGUAUAAUGAUCCUAGUAAUCUUGAUUGUUUGUGUAAUUAAGUAAAAGUUUUGUCUAAUAGCAUGGAAUCAAUGCAGUUAUACUUAAAAAAAA